AUGUCGAUCAUGAGCAAUAAAGAAUACAACGAACAAAUGCGAAUAUUGUCAAAGAAAACAAACGAGAUAAUAGAUGAAGAGCUAUGGAACAAUUUUAACAUUAAUUUUCAGAGUGAAGCUUUAAAAUUUCCAGAUAAUAAAAUUUAUGGAACAAUCAAUAUCGAACCUGAGUCAGCUCGACAACUCAUUGAAAAAUUUAUGUUAUUCAUUAAUGGUCAUAAUCGUGGUGAAUUUGAUCGUUCUUAUCAAUCUAUAUCGAUAACAGGUUUCGAUAUAAGUAAAGAAGAAGAGAAUCUCAUAAGAAUCGAAAUUCAAGCAAUUCCUUACGAUAAACAAUGGACAACAACAAAAAAAUCAAAACCUUGUUUCUUUGUAUUUACUGGUCAAAUUUUGACUUUAAGUUCAAUUAUACGUUUUCAUUAUGUUAAAGAAACUUCCACAUUCAAUGUUAUUGUUAAGUGGUAUCAUAUUGGUGAUCAUUAUGCUCAAAAAUAUGUUAUCCUCUUAGAUGAUAAAGAAAUUCAAUAUGUAAGAUUGUUAAUUAAAUUUUUUUGUAUUCUACAAUAUAUUGUGCGAAUAAAUUUUCUCGAUGCAUUUCUGUAAACAGAAUGAUCAGUGAAUAUUUAGAUAGAUGAUAGUAGUUAUAUUCAAUGUUAUUACUUUUUUUUUUAUUCAUUGAUUAGCGAUAGUAAUGCUGAAAGUUUUUGAAAAUUUCUUAAAAAAAUUUCUGUUCAAUGAACUUUUUAGAUGCAAAAGAAAAAUAAUAGUAGAGAACAAAUAUUAAUAAAAAGAUAGACAAAAAAAAAAAUAACAUUCUCGACAUAUGACUUUAGAAAUAUUAAAUUUUUAAACUCUACUAUGUAUUUUUUUUUUUGACUCAAGUAGUAUGGACUAAGUCGAAUUAGUCGAUUUCAAUAUAAUGUUAAAUGAAUUUAUAACCGAAAACAAAUUUUAAACAAAUAUUAUUGACUCUGAUGUAGAUCUAAUUUUUAUCUUCAUCUACAUCGUCACCCUCGAACAGACGAAGGAUUUUAUUGAAUUAAAUCCAUUUGGUAAUUGACCUAAUUAAUUUAAAUAAAAUAUAACAUUUAUAGAACUGAUCAUUCAAUUUACUCAGCGAAAACUGAAAUUAUCGCACAGUUGAUCAUCUUAAAUUCCAAGUUGAAAGACUCAUAUUUCUUUUUUUUUUUUCGUACGUUUACUUUAAAGAGAAAAUAUUACUGUUAG